AUGGCUGAGUCAUAUGCAAGUAUAGCUGACGUAGAUGAUUUCUAUGAAUGGGUAAGUCAUGAGGAAGUUACACGCUUUAUGACAUGGGAGCCCUUCAAAUCGAAGCAACAUGCAAGAGAAUAUGUUGCAAACGUGGUGAUUCCUCACCCUUGGAAUGAACAGUUGCAGAGCAGAGAUGGGUUGCAAGGAAUAACGAGGAUUGAAGCUCUGGAUCUCCCAGAGAAUGUGGCCUCGGCAGGAGUUCUAGAGAAGGCAGGGUUUAUCAAGGAUGGGCUGCUAAGUAACUAUGUGUAUCUUAAGGGGAGUCUCAUGGACUGUUUUCUCUUUAGCUUUGCCGUUUCCACAUCUAUUCUUUGA